AUGAGUUAUUUUCCAGAUGACAAAACCAGAGUUCAGAGAGGUAAUAAUAUAUUCCAGGGAAGUGGAAAAGAAGGAAUCUGCAGAGGUAAAACCCAAGUAAACAUAACACAGCAAGGAAGAAAGCGAUCAAUUUCAGUUGGAAGUUCAGAAAGUACAUCAGCAGAACCAGACACAGGAAAAAAGUGCAAAAAUACUGAUCAAGAAGACUCCACCAUUUCCUCCAAGGAAAUGCCACAAUCAUCUUCUACAGUCACAUUACCUAACACAAAGAUAAGUAAUAUAGAGAAUAAUAUACAGACCAAUAAGAUUCCAGUAGAAGAAUUUGGCCAGAUUUCUGGACCUAAAAUCAUCACGAAGGGGGCGCCAGAUAAAGAAGAGGAAGCGAUGAGCUGUUCUGAAGGUUGUUCUAGUGCCCAAGGCAAGUCAUUCCAGGAUGAGUCUCAAGGAUCUCAUCCUGAGUCUAGAUCUGAUCCUUCCAAUCCCGAAGUGUUGAAGGCAAAGGCGCUUGAUUCAGUUCUACAAGAUUCAGAAGAUGUAAGCAAGGUUAAGAGGACAUCCUGCGUGUAUGGGGCAAACUGCUACAGGAAGAAUCCUGUUCAUUUUCAACACUUCAGCCACCCCGGGGAUAGUGAUUAUCAAAGUAUACAAAUCAUGGGUCAAGAUGAAACAGAUGACCGGCCUGAAUGUCCCUAUGGUGCAUCCUGUUAUAGGAAGAAUCCCCAGCACAAGAUAGAAUAUAAACAUAGUACACAUCUAGUGAGAAGUGUUUUAGAUGAAGAUAAUGAUAAUGUUGGGCAACCCAAUGAAUAUGACCUGGAUGACAGCUUCCUAGAUGAUGAGGAAGACGAGUAUGAGCCAACAGAUGAAGAUUCUGACUGGGAGCCAGGAAAGGAAGACGAAGAGAAGGAAGAUGUAGAAGAGCUUUUGAAAGAAGCAAAAAAGUUUAUAAACAGAAAAAAGUAACCACUUUCUGCAAUAAUAUAUGGCUCACAUUUCCUUUUUUGUGGGAAAAAAUUCAAGAACUAAGGAGGUACUUGAGUGAUCACUUUCUUCCUUUUGAUAGUUAUGACUUUUACUAUUGCCUUUUUGCAGACAAGACAUAGAAGUGUCAGCCUUCAGUGUAGUAGAUGGAAUUUAUUUUGUUGCUUGCCUUUUCUUUCCUAUUUAAAGCAUCUAAAAGAUGAAGAAGUUAAUGAGUAAUAAUUGAUAUUUUUCUGUACUUUUUGUAUUGGUAAUAAAAACUAAGAGCCAUAGGUUGC